AUGCCGGAAACGGGAUGCAUGGGUUCCCAAAUGCCUGGAAGUGCACAAGAAAGCCAUGGAUCCACCACAUGGUGUGAUGCUGGAAUGACUAUGGGAUGCACGGGGUCCCGAAUGCUCGAGUGGCGUAGAGUUAUUAACUCGUGUUGGAAAGUUGUGGGUUUGGCCUCAUACAAGAUGCCUCCGAAACUCAGUAAUAGACGGGGUGGAGCCGGAAAUAGGGGUGCUCGUGGCCGUGGUCGUGGUCAUGUGGAACCGCCAAAUUCGAGGGUGUGGAAUGUUCAGAACCCUCUUGCUAGGGAUAUUGUUGCGGCACUUGCAGCCGCAAACCUCUUGCAACCUCCUCCUAGGGAUAAUGCAAACAGUCAGGCCUUAGUAGCCAUGCGAGAAUUUAGUCAUCUAAAUCCACCUUUGUUUGAUGGGGCAAGUACUGACCCUUUUGUGGCUAACCAUUGGUUGGCGCAAAUCCGUAAGAACUUCACCGCUCUUAAAAUUACCGAAGAUGACCUGUGGGUGAGUAUCGUGGUCGUUCAACUUGUCGAAGAGGCCAGUGAGUGGUGGGAAUCUAUUUUAGAAGGUAGGAAGGACGCGAGGAGGGCAGCUAGGACCGCGGCUCAGGCUGAAUUCGAGGAUCUAUUUGCAAGUCAGUAUUUUCCGGACCCAUCUCGUGACCAAUUGAGGGAUCAAUUUGAGAAGCUUGAGCAGGGUAAUAUGACCGUUUCUGAAUAUGCAUUGAGGUUUCAGUCCUUGUCACGAUUUCCUCCUGAGCUAGUAGCAACCGAAGAUAGGAAGUGUCGACGCUUCGAGAGGGAUUUGCAUUAUUUCGUGAAGAGAUUGGUAGUGGCUCAGCACAAGAUGAGAUAUUUCGAGGGGAGGAAAAGGCCAGGGGAGUCGUCUUCUGCAACUCAAAGCCAACCAAGUGUUAGGGCAUCUACCGUUUCUUCUAGGGUUCGAGGAGCUCAUUCCAGGCCAGCAGUUACGUGUCACCGUUGUGGUCAGCCGGGCCAUUUUCGUGUAGAUUGCCGGUCGAAGGAGUGUUAUGUGUGUGGGGAGUUUAGCCAUCUGGCCAAGGAUUGUCCUCGUAGAGUGAGAGGCUUCAGGACAGCGGGGAGGAUUUGUGCAGAAUCAAACUACUCAGGGAAGGGUUUUGCCAUCACUUAUGCUAUUCUACCACCUUCAGUUACUUCUCAUGCUCCAGAAUCUGCGAUUGUGAGGGGUACAUUUCUAUUGUUCAAUUCCUUUGCUAAAGUACUCUUUGAUUCUAGAGCAUCUCAUUCAUUUAUUGUUGCAUCCCUUGUGUGUGCUUUGGAGUUGAAAACUGAAAGUCUGAGUCCACCGUUAUUUGUUGAGACACCCGUAGGGGGUAGGACACCUUUGGAUCGUAUUUGUCGAGACUACGAACUUCUUAUUCAUGAUUGCCGCUUCACCUUUGAUUUCAUUGUAUUGGGAAUGUCGAGCUUUGACCUUAUUCUGGGAAUGGAUUGGUUAUCUAUGUUUCAUGCCACUAUCGAUUGUUUCAAGCAUUGA